GGUGUGCCCCCGACAUGCUGCGGGCGCGCGGGCCUAGCCGGGGCGCUCCGCUGCUCCGGGCCGCGCUGGGUCUCGGGCGGCGCGGGCGUGCAUGGCAACGGCCUCAAGGCCAGGACACCGGCGUGCAGGUGCACAACAGCCUCACAGGCAGGAAGGAGCCCCUGAUCGUGGCCCGCGCCGACGCGGUCUCCUGGUAUAGCUGUGGACCGACCGUGUACGACCAUGCGCACCUUGGCCAUGCUUGCUCAUAUGUUAGAUUUGAUAUUAUCCGAAGGAUCCUGACCAAGGUGUUUGGGUGCAACGUGAUCAUGGCAAUGAGCAUCACGGACGUGGAUGACAAGAUCAUCAGAAGAGCUAACGAGAUGAAUGUGUCGCCUGCUUCUCUCGCCAGGCUUUUCGAAGAGGAAUUUAAACAAGACAUGGCGGCCCUGAAGGUGCUGCCACCGACAGUGUACCUGAGAGUCACUGAGAACAUCCCACAGAUCAUUUCGUUCAUUGAAGGCAUCAUUGCUCACGGCCACGCUUACUCCACAGCCAAAGGCAGCGUCUACUUCGAUCUGCACGCACGAGGGGACAAGUAUGGCAAGCUGGUCAACGUGGUUCCCGGUGCAGCUGCCGAGCCAGCAGUUGACUCUGACAAGCGGCACACCAGUGACUUCGCCUUGUGGAAGGCAGCCAAACCUCAGGAGGUGUUCUGGGCCUCGCCGUGGGGAGACGGACGGCCCGGUUGGCAUAUCGAGUGCUCCACCAUGGCGAGCGAGGUGUUUGGAAGCCAACUGGACAUCCACACGGGCGGCGCAGACUUGGCUUUCCCACAUCAUGAAAACGAAAUCGCACAGAGUGAAGUCUUCCACCAGUGUCAGCAGUGGGGAAAUUACUUCCUACAUUCUGGCCAUUUACACGUGAAAGGCAAAGAAGAAAAGAUGUCCAAAUCCCUAAAAAACUACAUCACCAUUAAGGACUUCCUGCAUUCCUUCUCCCCUGACGUCUUCCGGCUUUUCUGUCUGCGUUCCAGCUACAGGUCAGCCAUCGAAUACAGCGACAGUACCCUGCUGGAAGCCAAGCACCUCCUGCUGGGGCUGGCCUCUUCUGUGGAGGAUGCUCGAGCCUAUGUAAAGGGACAGCUGACCUGUGGCCCUGUGGGGGAAGAUGUGCUGUGGGGGAGGCUGGCCAGCACCAAGGAGGCUGUGAAGGCUGCGCUAGCCAAUGACUUCGACACACCGAGGGCAGUGAACGCCAUCCUGGACCUCGUGCACCACGCAAACAGGCAGCUCAGGGCAGUCUCCAAGGAAGCUAGUGGUCCAAGAAGUCCCACUGUGUUUGGCGCCAUCAUCUCCUACGUUGAGCAGUUUUUCGAGACUGUUGGGAUUUCUCUGGCAAAUCAACAGUCUAUUUUAGGAGACAGCAACUCAGCAGCUCUGCACUACGUGGUAGAUGAACUAGUGCGCUUCAGGCUGAAGGUCCGCCAGUAUGCACUGGCCACACCAGGGGCAACCGGGGAGGCCCGGAGACAGCAACUCCAGGAGAGGCAGCCCUUGCUGGAGGCAUGUGACACACUGCGCCAGGACCUCGCCACCCAUGGCAUCAAUGUUAAGGACAGAGGCAAUACGACCUCCACAUGGGAACUGCUGGAUCCAAGGACCAAACACCAGAAACCUGGAAGCUGAGGCCGGGGCAGGUGCAGUCCCACAUGCCACUAUGCCAUGGCAUCUGCUUUUCUGUGAUGAAAACUUUAUAUUAAAGUUGCCAACUGUGGCUGUUUAGCCAACAAUA